AUGGAGACCGACUCAGCGCAGAGGUGUCGGGGGGAUGUGGUGGCGCUUUUGUCCGGGACGGGAACUGCCUAUUUGGUGUACAAAGCCGUGGGCCUGAGGUCAGGGGCUGAGGGGCAGGAGAGCGCCUCGGGCCGCGGGGGCGGCGGCGGUGAUGGCGGUGAUGGCGGUGAUGAUGAUGAUGAUGGAACCCUCCUGUCCGUCCUGAAGCAAAACCCCGACCCGACCGUCACGGCGCUGGUCCGGACCGGCGUGUGCCGAUUGGCCUCUCUCACCGCCGACCGGGACCUGCUCCGCCUCCGGGGCGGCAUCGGGGUCAUCGCCGAGUCCCUGCACGACCCCCUGACCGAGAUCCGGGUGGACGCCUUGAACGCCCUCCGCGUCCUGUUCGAGCACCCGGACAACCGGGAGGCGGUGCGGGGCUGCACCCGGCGGGUGUGCGAGCUGCUGCGGGGCCCCCCGGGACCCCACCCCCACCCCCACCACCCCCCGGACUCCCGGCUGCGCUCGGCCGCCCUCCGGCUCCUGGGCAGCCUGUCCCAGUGCCGCCAGGACCAGCUGAGCCUCAGGAGGUCCAUCCCCGAGCUGCUGGCGCUCCUCCACGGGGGCUCGGCCCAGACCCAGACCCAGGCGCUGAGGGUCUGCCUGAACCUGUCCACCAACCCCGAGUUGGCCUUCGACAUCCUCAACACCCGCCUCCCGCCCGCCUUCCUCUCGGCCCUGAGCGUGUGCUCCCGCCCGGACCUCCUGAAGGGCCGCCUCACCUUCCUCAGCAACGUCAACGAGAUCCGCCGCAGCGCCCACUACGCCGCCGCCGCCGCCCACCGCGAGUACAACGAGGAGUCGCUCUGCGCUCUGCUCUUCACCGGCUCCCACUUCUCCAACAGACUCUUCCCUCUCAUGACCCACCCGGACAGCGGCGUCUACCUGCUCACAGCCAAGAUCCUCACCAAACUACGGUCCUAACCCCACGGGGUGCUCCCCCACCCACAAAACAUCC